UCGUCACGUGACCAUCGGAGGGUCCCCACAGGCCCCGCCCCCUGCGGUGACAAACAGGAAGCCGCGCAGCACCAUAUAAGGCAGCGCACGCGCACUAGCGUGAGUUUUGUUUGAAGUGUCGUCCAACAAGCCGCAAAGUGAGCAGGUUUAAAGAGAGAAAAGUGGGUUUUGCGCUCCGGCGGGACGAUGUUCGGCCAACAGGCCGCCGACGCGUCGCAGCUGCUGGCCGACUACGUGGAGGAUUACCUGGAGUGUGUGGAGUCGCUGCCGCUGGACAUACAAAGAAAUGUGUCCGUGCUCCGAGAGAUCGACGCCAAGUACCAAGAGGUCCUGAAGGAGGUGGAUGAAGUCUUUGAGAAGUAUAAAGCUGAGCAGGAUGCGACUCAGCGGAAGCGCCUGCAGGUCCAGCUGCAGAGGGCGCUCAUCGUCAGCCAGGAGCUGGGAGACGAGAAGAUCCACGUGGUGACCCAGAUGAUGGAGCUGGUGGAGAACCGGUCCCGGCAGAUGGACUCUCACUCCCUGUGCCUCCAGGAGCCCGUAGAGGCCGAGCGGAUCCCCGCGGAGAGGCGCUCCAGCCUCCUGGAGACGCCGUCUGCUGAACGGACCUCAGCUCGCCGGCCACGACGCCAGCGCAACAGCGAGAGCCGCGACUCCUUCCAGCUGUCCGCCAAUGGCUCGCUGGUGGACGACGGGGCGGAGGAACUUUCUGCGCCUCAACCGAAAGAGAAGAAAUCAAAGUCUGCGAAGAAGAAGAAGCGCAAGGCCAAACAGGAGUGCGACACCUCGCCCCUCGACUUUGCCAUUGACCCCAACGAGCCCACCUACUGUUUGUGUGAGGAGGUGUCGUACGGCGAGAUGAUCGGCUGCGACAAUGCGCAGUGCCCCAUCGAGUGGUUCCACUUCUCCUGCGUGGGACUCACCUACAAGCCCAAAGGCAAGUGGUACUGCCCCAAGUGCAGGGGGGACAAUGAAAAGACUAUGGACCGCAACCCGGACAAGAACAGGAAAGACCGCAGGUCCAGGUAGAGUCCCGCCCGCCUUCAAACGGAAGCAGUGAAUCCAGGACCAGUUCUAAUCAGUACUGAUCUGCAAGAACCUUUUCAAACUGAGACUCUUCAUUUUGAUACCUAAUGAAACCCAGCGGGAGCAGCUCACUGGUUUCCCCAGAUUUGUCAUUCCAUCCUCACUGGCACAUAAAGAGGUGCUUUUUCUCUAUAAAUUCACAGAAUAUGAGAGAGUUGUGAUGUGGAGACUCGGACACCAGGGUUUUGGUUCCACUCCUUUACCGUGGUGUCAGUCUUAUUUUUUUGUUUUCAUUCAAAUAUAAUCAAUUUCUCGUCUUCUUCACUUUAAUCGAGGGAGACCUUUGUCAUGGACACGUCAGUUCUGGGGGGGGGUACAUUAAAGCUUCUGUAGAGUGUUUUAGAGCAUGACUUCAGUUUCUUCUCUGCUCAUCUAAUUCCAGAAAAACUGUAAACCCGACCCCAGCUCCGAUCAGUCUGAAAUAAUUCAAAGCACAAAUAAAAAGUUUGUAGGAAUAAAUGUGCAAAAAUGUCAGUUCUAUUUUUAUCAUGUUUUUUUUAAAGGCUACAAUUUGGGGUGUUUAGUUUUUAACCAUUUUCAGCAGAAUAACUCCUAAAGUCAUGACCGGGAUUCAGUGAGCAGAUGGAAGAUGUUCUGGGAAAUAAGAGAUUCAGUUCUGGAGGUGAUCUGGAAUAUACUCUGGAACGGAGAGCCAGAAGAAUGUUUGGCACGUCACAACAUUUAACUCAAAGUUAGGAGAGGAUGGUGAUGAAAUUUAGUGAGCAGAUAGAUGACAUCCCGGAAAAGGCGGGAUUUGACUUUGAUCCAGAGCAGAUUUUGAAUCUAGACAACGUUUUAAGUGUAAACGAGGCU